AUACGUAUUGUUCUCUGCAUGCACCAUCCGUGUCGGAGCUGUGUAAUUUGGAAAUUUAAUGUGCUAUUAACAAAUUUAAUCUCAUCUGAACACAACUAAAUACACACACACCCUCACACACACGAAACAACAAUGGAUGUGUCGGUCAUACUGGGUACGGCUCUGUUAACAUUUGGAUUUGCGUUCACACUCUUCUGUAACUUCCAGGCUGCUAUUGGACCAGACUCUGAAUAUUCGUUGGGCUGGUUCAACUCGACCAUCGGAAACCUUUCCAACAAAUAUCCCAGCCCCAUCACCCCUGCCGGUUAUGCUUUCAGUAUCUGGAGUCUCAUCUACCUGUGGAUUGCUGCAUUGAUUCUCUAUAUCAUCUCAACCAUCUUCCGGACCAACUUCCGUGGACCAGUGUACUUGAAUCCUCCUGUGAUCUCUUUGCCGUUUCUCCUCUCUGUAUUCCUUGGUAACUCUGCCAGUGUCGUGUGGUUGUUUGUAUGGGACCGAGAGCUGUUGACUGUGUCCGCCAUCGUCCUGGUGGCAACUGCUCUUCCUCUCUAUGUGGCCUUGAUGAUCAUCCUGACUAGGACCUACAACUUCUUGCAAGAAUUUCUUCAAGUAUCAAGGUUUGACCUAUGGGCUUGUAGAGUACUUGUUGGUAACGGAGUGGCCAUCUAUUCUGCCUGGGUUACAAUUGCUUCUCAAGUUGGUCUCUCAGUUUGCCUUCUCUAUGAUGGAGGACUUCCCAGUGACACUGUUGUGUACAUCUGUUUGGGUAUCUUGUCGGCUGAGCUGAUUGUCUUCUUUGUCUUGGAUGUAUCCAUCCUGUACCCAUACACUCGUCCUGUCUUCAUGAUAUACCCCGUCUUCAUCUGGGCACUCUCUGCGCUCCUAGUCGCCAAUGCCGAGGAAACAGACUCUCCACAGUUCAUAUUGGGUGCCAUACUCCUGGGAAUUAGCUGUGUCUUCUUUGUGACCAAGACACUGCUUUCCAUCUUCCGACCAGUCCCUGAGGAAGCAGAGAAUAGUUCUCCAAUCAAGUUUAAACAACUUAUUUAAGAAUGAUAGGUUGAUAUAUUUACCCCAACCCUCCAUCUCCUUUCACCUAAGGCUAUUUCAUUAAGAGGGCCAACGAAGAAAAGGUCUACAAUCAAAUUUAAACAACUCAUUAGCAGAAACAUACGUCCCCCUUCACCUUUUGGCCAUCCCUUGAAAAUUUGAAUCUUCACUAAAAUAACAGUUAUCGGAAAGUGAAAUGUUUUCCCUGAAAUCGCAA